AUGUUUGGCAGUAAAUACUUGCUGAUCCUUCUGGCGGGGCUGGUAAUUUGCUCACAGGCAAUAGGCAUCAGAAGAAUUCCAGUAGAAGUAUAUGUCUCUGAGGCCGGGAGAAAGAAAUUUCUUGAUAAAGGUAGAAGUAUCGAGGACAUUGUGGGGAGUGUUGCAGAAGAGCUGGAGUUGAAGAUGAAUGAACAUGUAUAUGCAGACAGGGCAAGCACGGAUAAGCGCAAGUUCCACUUUGAUUGGAAUGUUAGUGGAAUGACGUCUUCGGAAAUCGACCUGGACAAGUGUGGAAAAGACACAAACCGGUUCCAAUAUGACUUGGUCCAAGCGGCUAGAGACAAGGCUGGUGUAUCGGUAAUUCUUCUCUAUACCUGCGAGUCUGAAGGAUAUAGCGAGGACUUUAUUCUGGCAGGGCAGAAGACACCCCUUGUCAUCCAAAGGAAGUAUCCGGAGUGCUCAAACGAUGUAGCAACAUUCACCGAGACGGAGCCAAUGAAGAUUGAAUCCAUUAUUGCCAAUGCCCUGUUUAUUACAGCGGGGUCUCCCUUGAAUGAUAUGGUAGAAUUUGAAGAGGUGGACAACGGGAGAGACGGGUUCAAAAGAGAUAUACGCCUAAAGACGACAGAUUUCUCGCUUUUUUCCGGUGGAGUCUGCCACUAA